AUGUCGACGGAUGGUGCUGAGAGGUCAGACACUCUAAUCAAAGGUAAAUGUGAAAUUGGUGGUAAAAUCUUAAUUACUUUAUUUGAUACUGGGGCAUCACAUUCAUUUAUAUCAUUUGAGAAAGCCAAUGAGUUGGGAUUGAAGAUAACCAUGCUAAACUAUGAUUUGCAAGUACAUACUCCUGCCUCUGAGACUGUCAUAACUGGAUUAGGUUGUCAACAAUUUCCAUUCCAAAUUAAGCACCGAACUUUUGUCCAUGAUUUAAUUUAUCUGGCGAUGACUGGCCUCGAUCUCAUUCUGGGAUUGGAUCGGUUAUCAAAGAACCAUGUUCUCCUUUAUUAUUUUGAAAGAUCACUGCAGUUUAUGUCGGAAGGUUCAGAAGGACCAGUGGUGGCGAAUGGAUAUUAUUUAAAUUCUGUCAUGGUGAAUUGUAGUGGAAAAGUAUUCCCUGAAGACAUACCUGAAUUUCCUCCCUCCCGAGAAAUCGAAUUUGCAAUUGAGUUGGUUCCUGGAGCAGGACCGAUUUCAAUUGCGCCUUACUGA